UCACAGAAUUCUUUUUCGGUUUUCUAAGCCUUCCUUUUAUCUUUCUCUCACUCCUCUACUUUUCUCCCUAUCCAGUUCAUUCCUACUACGCCGGUAAACGUCUUCUUCUCGCCGGGAAACGGUUCACUGUUUCUCUCGCCGGCGACCUGCCUCCUUGAAUUUUCGAGAACAACUCAUUCCUUUCACAUUCUAUCUUUAAUCUAUAAUCAUAUGUUUCCAUUUUGGGACUCGGCGUUGGAUCUCCGAGUUUGACUCUGUCGCUUCUUGUUUCGCGCGUUUUGAGAGAAUGUGGGGCUAUUGGCGGUCAUUGAAGUCGUUGUUCUGGUAGGAGGACGAGAUCGUGAUCUAGGGUUUGCUUUUCGGAUUUGGAUUCGUUUCUUUAGCUGUGGGGUUUGAUUCUUUGCGAGUUGAAGGCACAGGCGUAUCGACGGCGUCUGCGGCAUGAGAUGGUCUGUAGCUUGACGGAAAUUGUAUUUCGGUGCAAUUGAUGCCAUGAAUCCAUAUGUUAAAUGCAUUUGGAGGAGUUAAAAGAAAGACGUCUGAGGCGUUUGAUUCUUUUUCCCCUCAUUUUUUUGUUGGCUCUGGAGAUGGUUUUUUUUUUCCUCCCAUGAGAGAUGGUUCGAUUGGAGGUGAAACCGCCAAAAUGUAUUGGACGCUUGGUUCAGUUGUUUCCGUGUUUUGAUUUUCGUCUGGAUAAGGAUAAGAGUGGGAACUGGAACGUCAUCAUAAAGAGUGUUGACAUGGUCGUAGCUGGCCUUAAGUCAAUUUGAGCUUCUUUUGUUGAAAAUGUACAGUAUAUAGAUUGAGAGAGCACUUUUGGACUCGGAAUAUAGAGUGCUUGCAGUACUUCUUAUUACUGUUUGAACUUUGAAUGUAAUUUGUUGGGUGAUAUUGUUGUUGAUUAGUUGACUAAUAUGUACGUGUGUGUAUAUAUAUACUGGAGUAGGUGAUCUUUCAAAAUUUCAGGGCUUCAAUACAUCUUUCUGUACUUCUGUGUGCGGUCAACACCUAGGGAAGGCUGGUUCAGUAGUAUGCUUAAUAAGUCAACACUGUUGUUCUAAGGUGUCGCACAUUUUUUCAAGUGAAAAAGAAGCACUAUGUCAUUUGGACUUUUCAGGUGGAAGGAAGGGCCUGUUUGUCCAAAGAGGCUAGAGAUGGUUUAGAAUUUCUCAAGCGCAAAAGGCUUCGACAAAUGAAAUCUAUCAUUGUCAGUGAGACAGUUGGUGUUACCAACAUGAUGAGUAGAAGCGGAGGAGAUGCUCUGAGGGCUGCAGCAUCAUGUGUUGUGAGAUUGCAUGGUAUUGCAGAUUCACCUUCUCAGUCACGUGGUGUUCCAAUUGGGAAGGAUGCUUUUCCGAAGCGCAAGGUGGAUAAGUUUGAUAUAAGUGAUCUAGAAUGGACUGCAAGAAUUCCAGAGUGUCCUAUAUACUAUCCGACGAAAGAGGAGUUCGAGGAUCCUUUAGUUUAUUUGCAGAGGAUAGCUCCAGAAGCUUCUAGAUAUGGUAUGUGCAAGAUCAUUUCCCCUCUGAGUGCGUCUGUUCCGGCAGGUAUUGUACUGAUGAAGGAGAAAGCAGGAUUCAAAUUUACAACCAGGGUGCAACCUCUUCGUCUCGCUGAGUGGGAUACUGCUGACAGAGUUGCCUUCUUCAUGAGUGGAAGAAACUAUACUUUCCGUGAGUUCGAGAAAAUGGCGAACAAGGUUUUUGCUCGUAAAUAUUAUAGUGCCGGCUGUCUUCCUCCGUCAUACUUGGAAAAAGAAUUUUGGCAUGAAAUUGCUUGUGGAAAGACAGAAACCGUAGAGUAUGCAUGCGAUGUUGAUGGUAGUGCCUUUUCGUCUUCUCCCAAUGAUCCACUUGGAAGUAGCAAAUGGAACUUGAAGAAACUUUCACGGCUACCAAAGUCCAUUUUGCGUCUUUUGGAAACAGCUAUUCCAGGAGUGACUGAGCCCAUGCUUUACAUUGGGAUGCUGUUUAGCAUGUUUGCCUGGCAUGUGGAAGAUCAUUAUUUGUAUAGCAUUAAUUAUCAUCACUGUGGGGCAGCAAAAACUUGGUAUGGCAUUCCGGGUCAUGCAGCUUCAAGAUUUGAGAAGAUGGUCAGGGAACACGUCUAUACCCAAGAUAUCCUAUCCACUGAUGGGGAGGAUGGAGCAUUUGACGUACUUCUGGGGAAAACAACUUUGUUUCCUCCUAGUAUACUGUUAGAACAUGAUGUUCCUGUAUACAAGGCUGUACAAAAGCCAGGGGAAUUUAUAAUUACUUUCCCUCAAGCAUAUCAUGCUGGGUUUAGUCACGGUUUUAACUGUGGGGAGGCUGUGAACUUUGCAAUUGAUGACUGGUUUCCUUUGGGGGCUGUAGCCAGCCGCCGUUAUGCUUUUAUCAACAGAAUGCCUCUGCUUCCUCAUGAGGAGCUUCUGUGUAAAGAAGCAAUGUUUCUUUAUACGAGUUUAGAACUUGAAGACCCAGACUAUUCUUCUACAGACUUAACCUCUCAACAUUGUGUUAAGGUUUCUUUCGUGAAACUUAUGCGUUUCCAGCAUCGUGCUCGCUGGUCUCUUAUGAAAUCCCGGGGUUGUAUCAGUCUUUCUCCAAAUCCCUAUGGAACAAUUCUAUGCACUUUAUGCAAACGAGACUGUUAUGUAGCUUUCCUUAACUGCAGCUGUUGCUUGCAUCCUGUGUGUCUUCGCCAUGAUAUGGAGACCCUUGAGUUCUCAUGUGGGAGAAGUUGUACUUUGUUUUUGAGGGAUAACAUUCUAGAAAUGGAAGCUGCGGCAAAGAAGUUCGAGCAGGAAGAUGGAAUAUUAGAGGAGAUUUUGCUGCUAGCUAAAACUGGUGAUGAUUUGUACUCAGAUCCUGCACUGUAUACUUGCCAAGGAUUUGUUGACGAAGGAUACACUCCUUAUUGUGAGGUUAAGUUUUGUAUGAAUCAGUAUUCUACUCAGGAUAAUUCAGCACAGCCGAUUCAUCGCCAGCAUAAGUUGAACCAUAGCACAAGUAAAUUUAGACCUGAAACUUCAGACUCCUCCGUUUCUUGUGCAGCUUUGAGUUUAGAGCCUUUUGGAAUGUCAUCUACGCCCAUAUAUGAGCAUCCAGUGCUAGCUAACUUAGGGAGUACCAAUUCUAAGAUAUUCUCUGAAGAAAUAUCACACGGCACAUAUGAUUCUUCUCUCCCCUCUCUUUCACGAGAUGAAUGCUGUACACAGCAUAGAAAUUAUGUAUCAGAGCCUACGGCUAGUAUGGAUCAAGACAGUGACAGUUCUGAUUCAGAGGUAUUUAGAGUUAAACGACGUACGUCUUUGAAAGUGGAUAAAAGACAUGCAAAUGAUGUCAUAUCAUCAAAGAUUUCUGAACACAAGGGGCUUAAAAGAUUGAAGAAACUUCUACCUGAAGGAAGAAAUGACCAAUGGAUGUCAUCAGAGUGCCAGCGAACUGCUGAAUUAAUCUGCAAUUCCACAUCUAACUUUAAAGAGGGUCAGAAGGACAGGCUUGCUAAGGGAAGUACAAUUCCUAUAUCUAUUAAGUUUAAAAAGUUUGCGAAUGAUGAAGCAAGUAGAAAGCAAGAACGCAGCAGAGUAGACAGGUUCCAGUUUGAGUUGGGGAAGCAGAUCAUGAGGGAACCACCAUCUGUAGAGAUUGGGCCAAAACGUCUUAAAGUGAGAGGUCCCUCAUUUUUAGGCUCAGAGAGAAGGAUAUAGAUUGGCCUUUGGGUCAAAACUGACGAUAAAUCUGGUUGACAUGCCUCUGGUGCAAUGUCUAGAGGCUGGCUUGCUAACUUCAUUUUUCUCUAAUGGGGGGGUUCUAACAGACGACACGGUGAAUCUGCAAGAUCUGUUUGGGAGCAGUGGCAAAAAUUAACCAACUUAAAGGCAAAAUUUUUAUUCUGUGUAGGGCCGCAAAUUGGGUGCCUUCCACGGAAUGUUAUUUUUGGGUUCUCUGGCCAGGGUAUUUUUCCUUCUUUGGCAGGGGAACCUUCCUGCAAAGUUAAAAAUUUGGGGUUAGUAACUUCAUUGUAAAUUUGUCAUUAGCAAUCCAAUUAAUUCUUACAAGGGAAAGUGGGUGUUUCCACUUCUCCAUUUAACAUUAGUCUGCUGCUGCCCUUUACUUACUUUCUUCAUUCUUUUUGUAGCAAGUGACUACUCGAAUAAAUACCGAGAAAUGCUUUGUCUCUUUAUCA